AUGUGAAUAGAGAGCUUAGUCACUUUUUUUAACCAGCCCUGAGUUCAUGCUGUGUUUCAGUUUUAUGUGCUCAAGCUGAGAGGCAGGUAUGUUCCACGACUGAAGAUCCUUUUUUACAUAUAUUUUAUAAUGUCAGCAUGAGCUUUUUGCUAGAUGACUAAGUGAGUUUUCAAAGUUUUCUUCUGGAUCAAUAAUGACAACAUGGUUGGAGUCAGCCACUAACUUUGACAUCAACAGUAUUUGGACCCUUAAAUCACCUUUAUCAGAAGAACUGGUUUAUCUCGACAAUGAAGUUCAGGUGGCGACAGACAAAGUUGCUGGUAAGCUGAGUUCUACUCUCUCAUGGGUCAAGAACUCUGUGUCCCACACGGUCAGUCAGAUGGCUAGCCAGGUGGCCACGCCUACGUCCCUGCCGACCACCGCUACCUCAUCAUCCACAUCUCUGUCCUCGCCCGUGCUCUCUCCGUCCUCACCUCCACAGCUCAGUCCAGAUGAUGUGGAGCUUCUUGCUAAGCUUGAGGAACAGAACAGGCUGCUGGAGACAGACAGUAAAUCACUCCGCUCCAUGAAUGGCUCCCGGCGCAACAGUGGCUCCUCUCUGGUGUCCAGCUCCUCGGCCUCCUCCAACCUCUCACACCUGGAGGAGGACACAUGGAUCCUGUGGGGCCGAAUCGUCAAUGAGUGGGAGGAAGUGCGCAAGAAGAAAGAGAAGCAGCUCAAGGAUCUUGUCAGAAAAGGAAUCCCUCAUCACUUCCGUGCAAUUGUGUGGCAGUUGCUAUGUAAUGCCCAGAACAUGCCCAUUAAAGAUCAGUACUCGGAGCUCUUGAAGAUGACCUCACCCUGCGAGAAGCUCAUUCGCAGAGACAUCGCCCGCACAUAUCCCGAGCAUGACUUCUUCAAGGAGAAGGACAGUCUAGGCCAGGAAGUGCUCUUCAAUGUCAUGAAGGCGUAUUCUCUGGUGGACCGGGAGGUCGGUUAUUGCCAAGGAAGUGCCUUUAUUGUGGGACUGUUGCUCAUGCAGAUGCCAGAAGAGGAGGCUUUCUGUGUGUUUGUGAAGUUGAUGCAGGACUACAGAUUACGAGAGCUCUUUAAACCCAGCAUGGCUGAGCUGGGCCUCUGCAUGUACCAGUUUGAGUGUAUGAUUCAGGAACAUCUCCCAGAGCUUCACAUUCAUUUUCAAGCUCAGAGCUUUCACACCUCUAUGUACGCCUCCUCAUGGUUUCUCACCAUCUUCCUCACCUCUUUCCCGCUGCCUGUUGCCACAAGGAUCUUCGACAUCUUCAUGUGUGAGGGACUUGAAAUAGUGUUUCGUGUGGGCAUGGCUAUUCUUCAGAUGAACCAAACAGAACUCAUCCAACUGGACAUGGAGGGAAUGUUACAGCACUUUCAGAGAGUCGUCCCACACCAAUUCGACAGCGGACCAGAUAAGGUCAUCCAGAUGGCUUAUCAGGUCAAAUACAAUGCCAAGAAGAUGAAAAAGUUGGAAAAGGAGUACACUACUAUCAAAACAAAGGAGAUGGAAGAGCAGGUGGAGAUUAAGAGGCUGAGAACGGAGAAUCGCCUGCUGAAGCAGAGGAUCGACACACUUGAGAAGGAAAGUGCUUCCUUGGCAGAUAGAUUGAUCCAGGGACAAGUGACCCGAGCUCAAGAGGCUGAGGAGAACUACCUAGUCAAGCGGGAGCUGGCCACAGUCAAACAGCAGAGCGAGGAGGCCGGCGCUCAGCUGGAGCAGGCCAAGAAAACCAUAUUGCAGCUACAGCAACAGCCGCAAGCGAAGGGAGUCCCUCGCUACUCCGAGGAGUCUGUCCUGCAGCUGGAGAAAGAACUUGUUCAGGCUCGGCUGAAGGAGGCAGAGUCCCAGUGUGCUCUCAAGGAGAUGCAAGAUAAGAUCCUGGACAUGGAGAAAAGGAACACUUCGUUACCAGAUGACACCAAUGUGGCAAGACUGCAAGAGGAGUUGAUCGGUGUCAAACUAAGGGAGGCGGAGGCUCUGACCAGCCUGAAAGAGCUGAGGCAGCAGGUCAGAGACCUGGAGGAGCACUGGCAGCGUCACUUGGCCCGCACUGCUGGACGCUGGAGGGACACUCCGAGGAAGAACGCUCUGAGCGAGCUGCAGGAAGAGCUCAUGACGGUGAGACUGCGUGAGGCUGAGGCUCAGGCUGAGCUGCGGGAGACACGGCAGAGGAUGCUGGAGCUGGAGACUCAGAGUCAGAUACACAGUAACCAGCUGCGGCGUGCAGAGCAGGAGGCGCGCUGCUUACAGGAACGUGUGCAAACAUUGACCUCGCAAAACAAAGAUUUGAACGUUCAGCUUCAAGAGAUCAAGAGAAGACAAGCUGAGAUUGAGUGCAAGAGCAAAGAGGAGGUGAUGGCAGUGAGGCUGCGGGAGGCUGACAACAUCGCUGCUAUGGCUGAACUUCAGCAACAGAUCUCAGAGCUGGAAAUUCAGAAAGAAGAGGGAAAAGUCCAAGGUCAGCUCAACCAUACAGACUCAAACCAGUACAUCCGUGACCUCAAAGAUCAGAUCGCUGAGCUGAAGCACGAGAUUUGCUGCUUAAAAGGACAGAGGGGCCUGUCCAACCCACCCACCUUUGACGGGAUCCACAUCAUCAAUCAUUACGGCGGCACCGGGGACUCGUACCACUCAUCGGAUGAAGAAGGCAUCAAGGACCCCGCCCACCCUGAGAGCCAGCAGAGGAGCGGCGGCCGGAUUAGGCUGCGUCCUUGCCUCGUGGACACAGACAGCGAUGAAGAGGACGAGGACGCGGAGGACAGCGACGCUCUGCGGCUCUGCGUACCCCCCACCGCCAACCACAAGUCCACCAUGUGACCGAAGAAAUCUCCUGUUCUUGAUAUCAAUACAAAAAUAAUCAUUUCAUAUAAAGUGACUCACUUCUGGAGCUAUUUUGUUUUGGUUACCUCGCGUUUGUAUUUUACGGAUGUCAGCGGACACAGAUGUCUGCAUCAUGCACCAGCCUGGUUCAACAGGGACGAUUUUAGUAAAAAACAAACGCUUCAAUGGACUUUUAUUCUAUUUCUUAAAAAAACAAAAACUUUUAUAAAUAAACACUUUGAAUGGACACCGUUAGAGUCUGUCAUGCAAAGCACACUGGUAUGAUCGACGAGACUGUGUGUGCGUGUGUUUGUCUUGACUUGUUCAGAUAAGACCCUAUCUGUUGGAAGUGUCACAUUUUGGCCUUAGCACAUGUCACUUGUUGCUUUUGGUCUGAUGCAGGUCAAUAGAACGUCUGUGUCAUGUAGAUAUGUAUGUGAGUAUUGUUUUUUUUUUUUUUUUUUUUUUUUUCACUUGAAAUGUGGAUCACGUUGUUGAUGACAAAUCACUAAAAGGGACAAUUUAUGUUUCAACACAAGUUUUUUUUUCAUUGAAAAAAAGGACAUGUCUUUCAGAGCACACUGAAGGGAGGCAAGUUUAUCAGUGUUUGCACAGAAGAGGACAACUGGGAGACAACUGAGGUUGAGAGCAUCAGCUGAAUAUGACAACAGUGUGUUGGGCCAUGCACCUGCAUCACUCCAUCACCUGGUAUUGGAUGAGUUAAACCAGGCAAAAAGACCCAGACACCUGCUGGAAUUGACUGCAUCAGUGUUGAAGUUUGUGAUUUUGGACGUUAAAACCUCAGCGCUGAUUCUCAAAUGAACUCUGGCACUGUUAUAAGUGGGAUCUGCAGUAAAAGAACGCACACUCUGGAUCUGUUUGCACACCUCUUUGUGUGUGUGUGUGUGUGUGUUGAAUUAAUAAAAAAAGUGAAAUCAUUUAAA